AAGGCUGCAUUUAAAACUCUGAUCAAUACGAAACCAUUUUCUGCUUCUUUUUUUGCAAGGGAUAAACAUUUAUGUGAUUGCAUCUCUACAGUAUUGUAUCAUUCAGUACUGUAUCAGUUUAGAUGGGGAAGACACCCAUGGAAAUGAGGCUGCCAGAUGCGAUCAUAAUCCUUUUUGGUUGAAAAGCAGAGCUUUGGUUUUGGUUUGUUGUCUGCUUUCGUGAUGGGUCAGCGACUCAGUGAGGACUCUGAUGAUAAAGAGAUUGAUGUUGCUGAACUGCAGGAGUGGUAUAAAAAGUUUGUGGUGGAAUGUCCGAGCGGGACCCUGUUCAUGCACGAGUUCAAAAGCUUCUUUGGGGUAACUGAUAACCCGGAAGCAGCAGAUUACAUAGAAAACAUGUUCCGUGCUUUUGACAAAAAUGGGGACAACACUAUUGAUUUUCUGGAAUACGUUGCAGCCUUGAAUCUAGUGCUUCGAGGAAAGCUGGAGCACAAAUUAAAAUGGACUUUUAAAAUGUAUGACAAGGAUGGUAGUGGCUGCAUUGACAAAACAGAGCUAAAGGAGAUUGUGGAGUCAAUCUACAGACUAAAGAAAGCCUGUCACGGUGAACUUGAUAAAGAGUGCAACCUACUGACCCCAGACCAGGUGGUGGACCGAAUAUUUGAGCUAGUGGAUGAGAAUGGAGAUGGGGAGUUGUCUCUGGAUGAGUUCAUUGACGGGGCACGACGUGACAAGUGGGUCAUGAAGAUGCUGCAGAUGGAUGUUAACCCUGGAGAGUGGAUCAAUGAACAACGACGCAGGAGCGACAACUUUUAAAUAUGCCCUUAAACCUUUACCAUAAGCCUGUCCCUUUAACUUAGCAAACAUAGCACAGAUUGUAUAUGGCUUCUCAAUUACAAAUGUUAUCCCCGCGAACAUUAAUGUUAUUUCUCAUCAUCUUUUUUAUGAAAUAAGGUGUAGAGUGUGAUUUCCGGUGUAGGACUGUCCAGUAGCUCCUCACUGCAAAACGUGAGACACAGGGGGCAAGGUUGGAUCCAGAUCCAGUCUCCUCCCAUUGCAUUGUGAUUGGUCGACACUGGAUCCAGUCUCCUCCCACUUCGUCUUGAUUUAUCGAUUGGUGGACGCGUCAUACUCGUGUUGUUGCUCUACCAUUUCCACCAUUUUGACAGAAAUACAAACUUGCUGAAGACAAAAUAUAUUUAUUAACGUGUUUUUAAUAACAUAUUUUAUUAGAUUUAUGUUUUGAGUACUUUUAAUAACGUAUUUUUUACAUUUAGGUUUAGGUUAAGGGUUUGGGUUAACAUAUUUAACUGUGAUCGUACACUAAACUAUGAUUACAUUAAUAAGAGCAAACGUUGGCGAAAACGGUUUGCAACUUAACUCUCCAAAUAGGCCCUUUUCACAAUGACGUCACUUAACUUCCGCCUUUUCGCAAAGCAGUGUAUCAUAACAUCCGUCUUGCAACAAACAAGAAGAACUUUCGUUUUGCCGUCGCGCUGGAAUUUAACAACAGUGAAAAAAAACUGACAGAACACGUAUUCCUACUUAUCCUAGCACCUUCUCUAACACAAAAAGAAAACACUUACCUUCAUAAUCAAACAGGUACUGUUCAACGAAGAAUUUGUAUCCUUUCUCUAGCUUUGAUCUUGUCAUUAGCUAAAAUUUGUCUGCAAGACGUUUGUGACAAGCAGAGCGGGACGAGGGCCGUGAGGGAACUGUCGGUACACGAUCCGGGAUGCCUGCUCGAUCCGUCCGCGCAUGCGCAUAAUGACGUAGUAGAUUAUUCUGUUUAGUGACGACACUGCACGAUCUGUUCCACGCUUGAGCACCUUUGUACCGCGACUUUCACUACUGUCCACCUCUGGUCUCUUGUCACUUCUGUGUGCACACUAUGCGUUGAAAUACUCUGUAACGUUUCCCCAGACUUGUUUGUAGUUCCUUCUUCAUGUAAGUGCAGAUAGUCUAGGCGGAAGUGCAUAUUAUGUUCCUUAUUGUGUUCUGUAAACACCAUUGAAGGGAUUAUUCCUCAUUUAGAUUAUAUAGCUAGAUAUAUUAGCCUAUAUAUAGACCCAUACUAAUACAAAAUGAGUCGAUUUAAAGUUAACUAAUAUUAGAAGCUUUUAAUAAAAACCGUCUUUGACAAUACUACUGACCUCAGAUCGAAACACAGCAAGUUAAGUAGGCCUAAUGCCAUACAGCAAUGAAUCGCAAAGGGGAGUAUGGAGGAAACUGAAGGUUUGCAGUGACAGACUCUCAAGACUCAGACUUUAUUCCACAUGUAACCAAAAUCGUGUAUGUUCAUGUAACAACUCCUUUAUUAUUUUGGAUUGGCAACCACGUAAACACAUCGUAAUGCAUAGCGUAAGCUACAUUUUAAAACAUCAAAAUAGACCCGCCAUGAACUGUUAAAUGAAAAACACAAUGUAGCCUACACAAAUAUGCCGCCAGUUGUGCCGUCUGGCCGUCAAGUGUUUCAUCGCAUGUGUCGGUACACGAUCCGGGAUGCCUGCACGAUCCGGGAUGCCUGCACGAUCCGUUCUGCGCAUGCGCAUAAUGACGUAGUAAACAACUUUACGGUUUCCCUACACUAUAUUGGUAUCAAGCAUGCGAUGAAACGCUUGACGGCCAGACGGCACAACUGGCGGCAUAUUUUUGUAGGCUACGUCGUGUUUUUCAUUUAACAGUUCACGGCGGGUCUAUUUUGAUGUUUUAAAAUGUAGCUUACGCUAUGCAUUACGAUGUGUUUACGUGGUUGCCAAUCCAAAAUAAUAAAGGAGUUGUUACAUGAACAUACACGAUUUUGGUUACAUGUGGAAUAAAGUCUGAGUCUUGAGAGUCUGUCACUGCAAACCUUCAGUUUCCUCCAUACUCCCCUUUGCGAUUCAUUGCUGCAUGGCAUUAGGCCUACUUAACUUGCCGUGUUUCGAUCUGAGGUCAGUAGUAUUGUCAAAGACGGUUUUUAUUAAAAGCUGCUAAUAUUAGUUCACUUUAAAUCGACUCGUUUUGUAUUAGUAUGGGUCUAUAUAUAGGCUAAUAUAUCUAUCUAUAUAAUCUAAAUGAGGAAUAAUCCCUUCAAUGGUGGUUACAGAACACAAUAAGGAACAUAAUAUGCAUUUCUGCCUAGACUAUCUGCACUUACAUGAAGAAAGAACUACAAACAAGUCUGGGGAAACGUUACAGAGUAUUUCAACGCAUAGUGUGCACACAGAAGUGACAUGAGACCAGAGGUGGACAGUAGUGAAAGUCGCGGUACAAAGGUGCUCAAGCGUGGAACAGAUCGUGCAGUGUCGUCGCUAAACAGAAUUGUCUACUACGUCAUUAUGCGCAUGCGUGAACGGAUCGUGCAGGCAUCCCGGAUCGUGUACCGACAGGAACUGCGCGAGGCCGGUGAUGCGAGUGAUGACGUGCAUCUCUCUCGUCCCACUCUGCUUGUCACAACGUUGUACAUCAUCUAGCCGUAUUUGUGGCAGAUGUGCAAGGGACUUGGUAAACUCCAUUCUGAGGCGCUAGCGGAAGUAACUUCUUCUUGAGUUUUACUGGCGGUUGGCAAACCAGCUUAUAGGUGCAUUACCGCCACCUUAUGAACUGGAGUGCUAGCGGAAGUAACGAUACACUGCUUUGCGGCAGAACGGAAAAUGCGUGACGUCAUGUGAAAAGGGCGUAUUGCGGCUAAGUAUAUAAAGUGGGAGGAGUCGGAUCUGGAUCCAACUACGCACCCUGGAUGUCGUGUUCUGCAGUGAGGUCUGUCUCUGUAAAUUCCUCUUCGUUUCUUAUACUCCCAGUUCUAUCUCUCAUCCUUCAUUGCUAUGUAUAUUUUUAUGUUUUCUUUAUUUAUGCUGUCGAACAUUUAUCAAAAGCUGUUAAACUCUUGUGGAUGUAAUGCAUUUGGAUUUUAUUUCAGAUAUUACACAAUCACGUAGGCUAGUGUAUCGACAAUAUGUUGUCAUAUCUGAGGUUUGUAAAUAUAUGAUGAAGACUGGGUCACACUAAAAAGUGUACAUUUCUCAAACAUUUUAAUCUUUCCGUAUGUACUGUACUUUAUUAUUAAUAAAGGUAUCUUCUUUGUGA